UCGAAGACAGACAUCCAGAAAUCGAGCAACUAUUAAAUGCUGUAUAGCUUGUUGGAUGCAGGAUGAGUGGAGUUGUUAUAUUUGAUACGUUUGUAGAUAACGAUAUUCCCUGAGGAUGAUUCUUGGAAUAUUCUAUGCUAGAUUCCUUCCGCAGGAAGGAAUCAAAAUCGUCCACCAAAAACCCCCCGGCAUCAUCGUCCCCGAACCCGGCUACGAGACCGCCUCCCUCCUCCACUUCGACGCCAUCACCGACUUUGUGAUCCCCCGCCAAUCCUUCUGCAACCGCUACAUCACCGGUCGCGACCCAAGCGGUCAGUACCGCAUCCUCGGCUUCCCCGUGUGCGUCCACAACGAGAAGUACGCACGCAACGAAUUCAUCUUCAACUUCGGCAUCGUCAUCUCGACCGACCAUGACACGGCGCGCUACGAGCCGGUGAUCCGGCGGCUGGCGACGACGUUCACGGAGAUGGAGGUGCAGACGCAGUUUCUGAGCCAGGAGGGCGUGGCGGAUCAUGUGCAGAGGAGUAUUGGGGGGUUGUUGGAGAUUAUAAGGGAGGAUCUGAAUAACUACAAUGAGUGCAUGAUUCCGGUCGACAAGUCGAACACGAUUAACAUGAAGCUGUUCCCGGUGCAGUGCGAUCCGCCGCCGGUGAAGUCGUGGCAUGUUCCUAUCGCGAAGAUCCGGUUCGACGAGAUCGUGGAUGAUAGAUGGGACUUGACGAUGCGGAAGGUGAUCCCGCUCAUCGACGGGGUGCGAGACGUGCGACGCAUCGCAGCGGCGGCGGAUGUGUCGCUUGAGCUGACGAAAUUGACGCUGAGGCAUCUGCUGUACUAUAAGACGAUCAUGCUGGUGGAUAUGUUCUUCUUCAGCAACAUCUACGCCGUGACGCCGCUGAUUCGCGAUUUCGUGAAUAACGUCGACAAUAUGCAGGAUGAGUGCGCGGCGUAUGUGCUUGCGCAGCGGCCCAAGGCGGUGGGAUACCAACUCUGCCGACUACUGGGGACGUUUGGGCAGGGUCGCACGAUCAGGGAGUGGCUGCGUCUGCACAUUGAUGAUGGGCAGGUGGCGGUGGAUGGGCUUGAUGUGCGGCGUCUCGUGCAGUUUGGGGUUAUCAAGAGCUUGCUGAGGCGCGUGCAUAAGUUUCCUGUGUCGGCGAUUUAUGUGGCUGAGUUGGCGGAGGGGAAGGGGGUGGAGAAGGGGAAGGGGAAGGGAAAGGGGAAGAAGGGGCAACGGGUGGGGGUGGAUGAUGGAGAGGCGCUGGAGAAGUAUACGGACGGGAGGCAUCAUUUUGAUCAGAUUAUUACGGAGGUUAAUUUGGGGGAGGCUGAGAUUAUGCGGGGGCUGAGCAGGUUGUCGGCGGGGGAUGUUCAGAUUGUGUAUAGGUGAGGGCGGUUGUUGGAUGGAGAUUGUGGAUGGGUUGGGAUGGCUGUUAGAUGGGAAUUGUGUAUGGGUGAGAAGGAAUGCUGGGCACUUGGUAUUGUCAAGUCUGCCAUACAGCCAUACAAUUAGCCGAUCUCGAAGAAGACAUGGACUUACAUUUGAAGUUAGCCAGUCUCGAAGAAGACAUAAACUUGCAUCUGAGAUGCUUGGCUGGAAAUCCUUUGAACUGUGGCAGCUUUCAAAUUGGGCAUCGUGGUGUGUUUGCAGGCAAUAAUUACCUAAACAAUUGCCCAUAGUAUCCCAAUGAUGGUAGCUUAAAUUAGGGAUUGUGGUGUAUCCGCAGACAAUACGAACUUGAGUAUCUGCC